AUGUUUGUACUCGUGCAAGACAGGAAGAGGUUACGGAGUGUCUGCGCACUGAGAGCUUGUGCAGAAGCGGUGGCGCAUGCUCGAGAUGCAGUGGGAAUUGGCGAGGAAACUCGUGCACAAGCAGCAGCAGCAGUAGCAGCUCAUUUCUUCGGAAACUAACAUUCCCGCCCCUGCGGCCAAAUUAUGAGUGUCGUCGGGCGUAGUCCGGACUGCCUACUGCGCGGCCGAUCGACGCCGAACAACAAUAUUGUUAGUGAAAAGAAAAAACUAGCCGUUGGCAAUGUGGUAAAGAUUAAAAAGUAA